AUGGUGGCGUAAGCUUUUUUUUUGAGGCAUGGAAAUUUGCUUGAUCAAUUCAUACAUAUUGUAUAAAUUAGAAAAAAAGAAAGGAGAGAAAAAGCCACUAAAUCAUUUGCGCUAAAUCUAAAAACGCUGGUGGAGAAAUUGAGAAGAAGCCAUCUCCAGCGUCGAUCAUCGAUGAACACCGGCUUCCACAAAUGGAAAGCUCCAUAUUGUUUUGAAAGGGGUAAAGAGGGAUUGCAAGGUUUGCUCUGACCGUAGUAAACCUGGUGGUAGACGCGAAACCUUGUAUUAUUGCGAUACGUGCCUUGACAAACCGAGGAUGCAUCUCGGGGAUUGAUUCAUAAAGUACCACACAAAAACGAAUUACAGAAUGUAAUAUUUAACAGAUUUUGUUUUGUACAACAUAAAAAUAAAUAAAUUGUUGAAAUUUUAUUAUUUGUAUAUACGUUUGUUUCAGUAUAAAAUUUUAAAUAAUCAUUUUAAAGUACCUGUCCCUAAUAUAGCCGAAAUCGUCUCGAGUUGCGCCCGAGUGAAAAAGGCCUCGAGUACAAAAAGUUAA